UGCAGGACACUGGGCUCCGGCGGCCUGAGAGGGGGUCGAGGUGAAGCGGAGCCGGGCCGGGGCCGGCCGGGAGGAGGCCGGAGGCAGAGCGGCGGCGACGGCGGUGGCCGGGCGGGCGGAGGCGCAGCCUGAGGAGCCGCCGCCUCCCGGGCCGAGGGACUUUUCAGAAAAGAAGAUGGACCAGCCCAGUGGAAGAAGUUUUAUGCAAGUGUUGUGUGAAAAAUACAGUCCUGAAAACUUCCCUUACCGCCGUGGCCCUGGGAUGGGAGUCCAUGUCCCAGCCACUCCUCAGGGCUCUCCUAUGAAAGAUCGCCUCAACCUCCCCAGUGUGCUUGUGCUGAACAGCUGCGGAAUCACCUGCGCGGGAGACGAAAGAGAAAUCGCUGCCUUCUGCGCUCACGUGUCAGAGCUAGAUCUUUCUGACAACAAACUGGAAGACUGGCACGAGGUCAGUAAGAUUGUGUCAAAUGUUCCUCAGCUGGAGUUUCUAAACCUGAGUUCCAAUCCUCUGAAUCUGUCGGUUCUAGAGAGAACAUGUGCUGGGUCCUUCUCGGGGGUUCGCAAACUUGUCCUCAACAACAGCAAAGCAUCAUGGGAAACAGUGCACACGAUACUUCAGGAGUUACCAGAUCUGGAGGAGCUCUUCCUGUGCCUUAAUGACUAUGAAACAGUGUCUUGUCCUUCUGUUUGCUGUCAUUCCCUUAAGCUCCUACACAUAACAGACAAUAACCUCCAAGACUGGACUGAAAUCCGAAAGCUCGGUGUAAUGUUCCCUUCACUGGAUACCCUGGUCCUGGCCAACAAUCACUUGAAUGCUAUCGAGGAGCCUGCUGACUCCCUGGCAAGGCUGUUUCCUAAUCUGCGAUCCAUCAGCCUUCACAAGUCAGGUUUGCAGUCGUGGGAAGACAUUGACAAACUAAAUUCCUUCCCCAAGCUUGAAGAAGUGCGAUUGCUAGGAAUUCCUCUUCUGCAGCCAUAUACCACUGAGGAACGCAGGAAACUGGUGGUGGCCAGACUGCCCUCUGUUUCCAAACUCAAUGGCAGCGUUGUCACCGAUGGAGAACGAGAAGAUUCUGAGAGGUUUUUCAUCCGGUACUACGUGGACGUCCCACAGGAGGAGGUGCCAUUCAGGUAUCAUGAACUCAUUACAAAAUACGGGAGAUUGGAGCCUUUGGCAGAAGUGGACCUAAGGCCCCAGAGCAGCGCAAAGGUAGAAGUCCAUUUUAAUGACCAAGUAGAAGAAAUGAGCAUCCGUCUGGACCAAACAGUAGCCGAACUGAAGAAACAACUCAAGACUCUAGUCCAGUUGCCCACGAGCAGCAUGCUUCUGUACUACUUUGACCACGAGGCACCCUUUGGCCCCGAAGAGAUGAAGUACAGCUCCCGAGCUCUGCACUCUUUCGGCAUUAGGGAUGGAGAUAAAAUUUUUGUGGAAUCAAAAACAAAAUAACCUCUACCAGCCUUGUAAAAACUCACAUAAGGACUUCCUGCAGGGUGUUUGUUUCCAAUGUGUUUUUCUUUAGGAAGAAGGACAUUUCCAUUUCGUUUUGGUUUUUGUUUGGCUUUUGAAGGGGUUUUGUAUAUUUUCUUUCCCUAGAAUGGGAUUUUUUUUGGUAUUUUCUACCACAGCUCAGUAGGCUCAGUCAGCAGACCUUGCUGCAUCUCCAGUCUUUACUCUCUCUCUCUCUCUCUCUCUCUCUCUCUCUCUCUCUCUCUCUCUCUCUGUCUCUCUGUCUGUCUUUCUCUCCCUCUCUCUUUCUUGAAAGAUGACAGAGAAAUCACCGACUUCUUACUGUGUUGCUGGCGUUUGUCAGCCUCUGGACUCUUUCCUGCUAGGCUGGAAGACAGAAUGGUGCCUAAGAGGGGUGGUCCACAGUGUUCAAAUGCAGAGAUGGGAUCUUCCCUGGAGGGCAGCACCUUCUGUCCCUGCCUCCAGUCAUUCUUUUCCUCUUUUCCUUUCUGGGCUCCAGUUUUUCACUCGGACUUGCACAUACUUACCUGUUUUAUUCUGUUUGUAAUUUACUUAGUGGGUUUUUUUCCCCUCAAAUUUUGUCUCCCUCCCCCCAUUUCCCAUUUUAAAUACUUUUGAGUAUUUUAAGCAUUUUUCAGCCUGAAUCUGAUCUCAGGAACUCCGUUAGGCUUUUAAAGAGAAGUAGGUGAGAGUUAACCCAAGAAAACAUGCCGUUGCCCUGGAAGCAGGGGCAGAGAGCUCUAACCUCUCUGCUGCCGCCCCGCUGAACGCCUGUUGUGCAUUGACCAGCCAUCACGCCUAUUGCGUCCUUUCUUUCUGCUCAGUGGUUGUUAUUUCCUGGCAGCUUUGCCUCCUAAGCUACUGGAAAUAAAGUACGAGCCUGGACAGUUCUGGGUAUAUACUCCGUAGCAGAGAGUCAGCUGACGGAUGGCCAGGCCUGUGUGAAGGAGGAGGUGGAGGGAUUGGAGAGACUGAGCCUGCUGGCUCUCCUGCCCUUGUUGCGCUUCCGAAGCCCUUGUCCUUGCAGUGUCAUUAAAAGUGAGAGACUUUAAUCAAAGGGAACUGUGGUUCCCACCUUUUUCUUGGGACUUUGUGAUGUCAUAAUUAACAGUUGUUUUGUGUUUUAUUUUAUGUCCCCUGUGGAUGGUUUUUGCCUAAUCGAUGAGUGAAGUUUGAGUGUCACAACAGCCCGGGUUUCUUUUGCAGAAGUAUUUAACACCAGUUCCUUGCAUACUCUGGAACCUAGUUCUCUGGCCUUCCGUUCUUUGUUAGUUAGAUUUAAGUCCUUUCUUCAGUAUAGGGAUUUUUUUUUCUAGUCCACUGGCUACUGGUGGGAGGCAGCAGAGGAUCUCAAAGAAUGCACCUGUGGCCUAGUUGGUUUUGUGUUUGUUUGAUUUGGUCUUUAUUUCUCCCCAUCGGCUUUUCACCUUUGUUAUAGGGUUCCACCUCUCCUACAAACUUAGUUUCUUGUAAACUCCUUAGGGGACUCUGAUGACUUCUUCACGGGUGGGGAGUUGUGUUUUCAAGUUUCCUCCGCCACGGGGCGGGUGUUUGUUCUCUUGAUGCACUUCAGGUUCGGUACGUCUAAAGCUAUUGAUCAGGCCUAUGGACGCAGGCCGGCUUCACCGCAGCGCUAAAGGUGAAAACCAAAGGGUUUAGAAAGAUGAGUGCGGCCAGCUUCCCUGCUGCAGACUGUAUCUCAGAAUCCUAAAGAUGAGCAGCAGGGAUCCGGCCAGUAUAGACAAGGACAGUUAUUUUGCAAUCGCAUUUUCUUGACAGAUUUUUUUUUGGAAAUAAGAAAAGUGUGGCGACAGUAUCACGAAGAUGAAGACUGGGUGCUUUGUGUGUACGCGUGAGUGCGGAGGGGUUUGCGGGAGAAACUAUAAGGCAGACUUUGCUUUCGUCAGCCUGGGAAACAGAUGCACUCUUAUUUUUGAACUUUGGAGACACUUCUGUCCCACGGCAGAAGUCAGAGUGAGCACUUACACUUUGGUCAUAAGUGGAAUGGUCACAAUAAGAUAUUUUAUAUAUGACAAAGUUUUACGAAAUGCUUUUUUACUCUUUGAGACCUGUUUCUUCUGUUAUUACAGAACAGUGUUUAUCUUCUGCAGGCCUAAUCCUUUAUUACAGUUGCAUGUAAAGGGAACUUCUCAUCCAAUAACUGAUGUAGGUAUUCUAGGGCAUUGUAAUUGGUGGUUUGAAUAAUUGCCGGAUCAUUUCCAGUGAAGAAAAUCUCAGAUACAGUCCUUGGGCUUUUAGAAUUACAGGAGUAAAUGAAAAAAGCUGCUUGAGCAUGCGUAUUUACAGACUUAUUGGGUGGCUGAGUAAAGAGGCUGCUUUUGAAGUAAAAUCGGUGCUGUGUAGACAUUUAUAAUUAUUUAGAAUUUUAUUAUAAGCUGUUAUAAAAUUAUUUUUAUAACAGAUGCAGAAGGAGGAAAGAAAAGACUGUGGACCUUUGAGUCUGCACGUCGCGCACCAUGCUUGUCUGUAGUUGUCUGUGUUUUAAUGUUGACUUCAUCAGAUUGAGUGGGAGCACAUGUUGACAGUUAGGAGGCAAACGCUGUCUUCACCGGUAUUACAGAGAUGUGCCUUCAGGCAUAGCAGAGAGAACAUGCCUUCCUAAAGUAGAAAUUCUUUUCAGUUGUGGAAAAGGAAAGGAAUAACGCAAAAAAGAAAGCCAAACCCAAAUCAGGAGUCUUCACUGUGGGUGGAGCUGCUAAAGCUGUGGUCCAAAUGGAUUGGGUUUGAUGGUUGAGAUCUCCUAGAUUCUGCAGCCGUAGCCAUAGAUGCAUAAGAAAGCAGCAGAGGUGAUCACCGUGGGAGCCAUGCCACUAAUAGCUUUUCCUAACACAGUGUGGCUCUCUGCACGGCAGCUUAGGCCCAAGGGCAGGUAGACCAUGACUCCAUGACUUACGCAUCGUCAUUUCUGUUGAUGAAUUUGACUUUUCCCUUUAUGCCAUGUAAGACGGAAAUGCAAACAAACUGCUUUCAAGAAUGCCCAGAAGCUCUGUGUCCCCAAAUGUUAUUGUGAACUCUACUGUUUUUCAUAGGUGCUUCCUUAAAAUGUAUGUUUAUUGUAGUGACAGAGAGGGACUGGACUCUCAGGCCCUUUACAGUUGUCUCCUGCAGUUAAUGGAAAUAUAAAUAUAUAUAUAUAUUUUAUUUUAGAAUAUAAUUUAAACAUGAAGGUCUAUUCUUUGCACUUUUUAUUAAUAUAUAUAGAAAGAUAAUCUUUAAAAAAUUAAAAAUCCAAGUCCAUUUGCUUCUUGUGUUCUGAAUGUUUCUUUUGGAGGGUCGGGACAAAGACGUGUGAUCAUUUUUAUACAGAUGGACAUCGGUUCUGGAAUGCCUUCUUGGGAGGAGUGGCUUAAGCUAGUAGGAGCCUGGCCAUCCUGCCAAGUGUAAUAGCAAUUUUGC